AGCUUUCAGUCAGUCAAACGUAGUCGCUACAUCGCGGCUGACGUCUUAACGCGUCGCGGACUAGAUUCUCUGUUGCAAUUUGCCGGCGACUUUUCUCGAAAAAUUCCCAGUCACUCGCGACCGAUCAGCGUCGACGCUCUCGAUCGUUAUUAACGGUGAAUAUCGAAAUUCGAGUGUAUCCCACGGUGCUUCGCGGGCUGGAUAUCAGCAAGAGAUCGUAGACCUGCGAACCGGACACCGGAUAUCAGCAAAUAUUGAUCUUCCGUGAUACGGUUGGAAGGAACGUGCCAACUCAAGAUGAAACUCGAAUCGGAUUUUCUUUCGACACCGCUGGGAACGACCUUCGAACGAUAAUCUUGACGUGGAUUGAUUCCGAAAGUGAGAAUCGCCGUUUCGACGAGGCGCUCGAAGAAUUCAAAAGUAUGGGAAAGAUAGGACGUACAAUGGGUUCAAUCGUCGAGCAAAGAGAGCACGCAGCCGUCGAGUCGUUAUCAUUGGAUCACUGCAGAUCUGUGCAAUAAAGAUUAGACUCGUGUCAAGACCACGUGAAACCGUUGAUAAACAACGAGGACGUCUCCGGAGAGCAGGGAAGAACACAACGAGACGAGGACAGCCGAUUUCACGGUGAGAACGAUGCGCGAGGCGAAGCGUUCGGACAACAAUUGAUCAUGGACGCAUCAUCGGUUGAGGAAACCGGAGAAAUAAAUGAGAAUCUUCAAACGCGGGUUAGAUUUGCAUGCGACGUAAUUCUUCGUAGUUUCUCGCGGACGUUCCUCGACGAAUGGCUAGUCAAGCGUCACUGAUGAUCGAGGCAGACGUGAGAUGUUGAAGAUCAUCUGGGGACAUUGGAUUCGUGAUCUGUGAUAGUAAUUAUCUCAACAGUCCUUUGAUAUUUCUAUUAUAUCAAGAUUUAUUUAGAAGUUAUUGGAUCAUUGAAAACGCUAACAAAGUGACGAGUUUCAAUUGAAACACGAAGAAACAUGCAUUCGAUCGAGCUAUUAACGAAUGAAGACAGAUAAAGUAAUAUAAGAGUAAAACUAACGUGUGAAACGAUGAAAUUUGAAUAACAGAAUAUCAAGCGAUGAUCUAAACGAGAUUUCCGAUCGAGGAAGGAAGAGGUGAUCCCACGGAAGCAACGUCGGGGCGCAGCGUACCCCCGCGAGUGUCCAGCGUGACGCAACCAGCCCAUUUUCUCGCAAAUGGGAAGAGUAAACGUUAUUGUUAGUAACUGAUAAGUGGAGACCGCUGGCCAGGUAUUGGCUCGCGCGUAUAAGACGACCUGCCUCGUUCCUCGGACACCAGUAGAUCCAUCACUAGCAAAGUCGACAGCAGAAUCGUCCACUAGUCCUCGCGUCGACUAUCAACUUUGACACCGAACGGAAAAAACAGCGGAAAAGAGGAAGCUUUAAUCAGCUUCACGAGAAUCCAAUUCGAAACGGAGAAUCGUAUAAGAGAGUAAGAAAAGGAUUGAAGUCAAAGGAUUUAAUUGAAUUUUUUGAAUUCUCGCGGUAAGAUCGUCGACGAGACGCGACGCUUGAGAAUGGCACCGGGGGUUCGCGACGAGUCUUAAUUAAUUCGACGACCAGAUCGGAAAUUUCAGAAACGUUGGAUUGAUCGAGUGGUCGAAGUUCCAGCGAUAGUAGGGUUCCAUUCAGACGCCGGGUCGACGGAGCAUGAUAAUCGGUGGAUCCUUGAACGGAAUCAUCAAGGAGAGAGAUAAUCGAUAAAAAUGAUGUGUACGAUUCUGUUCGGCUCGGCUCGUGAUCGGUGCGAUAAGCGUGCGAGAGAUCGGGCGCGAUAAGUGAAAGGUCGGCGAAGUGUGAUAAUUAAUGACGAGGAAAACACCGACGUUCCACGCUGGCUACUGAACUUCUUCGAACGAUACUACCCGCCGGAGACGACCCACUUCACGCGGAAUUUAUCGUUGCCGAACCGGCCGAAGAUACCGCGGGAAUUUUGAUCCCCUGAGAAUCGUGCGAAACGCGGGUUUAUCUGUGCGAUUCGUUCGGAGAGAGUCUAGCGGAUCGAGAAAUCGCUCACGCGAAUUUACGAGCCUGUUAUCUGCGAUCCGCGUGUUUGCUCGGUCAUAGAAAAAGUCGAUCGAACGUCGAUGCUGGGUAUCGAUAAAGGAAAGAUCGAGGGUAGCGCUGCGAGCAUUCGGAUCUAGAAACUGUCCGUGGUGGAAACGCAAUGUGGUUUCAAGAAUAUAAAAAUCUCUACUGAUAAACUCGUGAAGUACCGUUGUUCUUUCAUUGUACAACUGUCGUUUAAUUAAGAAGACAGAAGUAUCAGGAAUCGCUUCAAGCGAAUUGAAACGGUUUCAUUAAGCUUCUCUUCGGAGUGGAAUCGAGGGAAUUAAAGAUUACCGAUUAAAGAGAGAUCAACAAUGAACGGACAAGCUCCGAAGAGUCCAUUGUUGAGGAUGAAAUCGUUUUCACCGAAUCCGGACGAGAAGGAAAAUCUGUUGACACCGGUGACGCCGACCACUCCCAUAAUCUUGGAGCUGCCGAAGAGUACUGCCUCCUCUUUUCGCAGCAGGAGCCGGUACAGGGCAGGUCCGACCCGCAAGCUGCGUCGGCGAGCCGUGCUAAAGAACGGCGACUGCAACGUGCUCCAGUCCCGCAUCUCCCGGCGAUCGCUCCGCUUCCUUCAGGACAUCUUCACGACCCUGGUGGACACGCAAUGGCGAUGGACGCUGCUGUGCUUCAGCCUGAGCUUCGUCUUGUCCUGGCUAGGGUUCGCGGUGAUCUGGUGGCUGAUCGCGUUCACGCACGGUGACUUCGACGAGCGCCAUUUGCCGCCGUUCCAGAUCGAGAACAACUGGACCCCGUGCAUCUACAACAUCUUCUCGUUCACCAGCUGCAUCCUGUUCAGCAUCGAGACGCAGCACACGAUCGGCUACGGCAGUCGUUCGACGACCGAGGAGUGUCCCGAGGCGAUCUUCGUCAUGUGCGUGCAGAGCAUCGCCGGCGUGAUGAUACAAGCCUUCAUGGUCGGCAUAGUGUUCGCGAAGAUGAGCAGGCCGAAACAGAGGACCCAGACGUUACUGUUCUCCAGGAACGCGGUGAUUUGCCAGAGGGACGGCGAGUUGUGCUUCAUGUUCCGGGUCGGCGACAUGAGGAAGAGUCACAUCAUCGGGGCGGCGGUCCGAGCGCAGCUGAUUCGUUCCAGGACGACCAAAGAGGGCGAGGUGCUGUCCCAGAACCAGCAGGAGCUAGCCGUGGGCACCGACGGCCAGAACGGCAACCUGUUCUUCAUCUGGCCCACCACGAUCGUCCACAAGAUCAACGCGGAGUCCCCGUUCUACAACAUGACCGCCGAGGACAUGCUGACCGAAAGGUUCGAGGUAGUGGCUAUUCUCGAGGGGACUAUCGAGUCUACCGGACAGACCACUCAGGCUAGGUCCAGCUACCUGCCGCAAGAGAUACUCUGGGGACACCGGUUCGAGCCGAUGGUCACCUACUCGAAGGAUAGACAGGGCUACGAGGUGGACUAUUCGUUGUUCAACAGCACCACGCAGGUGGACACGCCGCUGUGUUCCGGCAGGGAGCUCGUUGAGUUUUACAAGGCGCAGGAGGAGCUUCGUCAUGGGAACGGUGUGAUAGUCGACGAGGAUUUCCUAGGGGAGACCUGCGCGGACGGCCAGUGCCACUGCGGUCAUCGUCCUCAGCUGAUCUUGCCGCAUCAUCACCAAAGUCAUCCACUGUCGCACGUGGACAGCAUGAGGAGCGACGCCAGCGUGGACGAUGUGUCCCACAUUCGAAACGCUUACAGAGACACCAGUUAUCAAGGACCUCCUGUCCCUACACGGGACCACGGCCACUACAGGAUUCUAGACCUAGAUCCCGACGGCAUCCAGGUGAUGGGUGAGAUCGAGAUGCAACAUCUACCCGAGGCAGUGAACAGGGAAAUCCUGAAGAACAGUCGGGAGAUCAUUUACGAGGAGCCAGAGACUUCUAGAGAAGGUAGUCCAUUGCUGAAACCAGCCAAGAGGAACAUGCUCAGGCCCGCGGACGAAGAGAAGAGGAUCUCGACCUGUUGCAAGAGAAGUCAUUAUCACAGAAACAUCCAGCGAGGCUUUGACGAAGACAGAAGGUCUCUCGAUGGGUCCAGAAGGAGCUUAAACGGAUCCAGAAGGUACCUGUUGGUUCCUUUGGACAGCAAGCCUCUGGAAUUCGGUAACAGGGAGAGCCUAACAACUGCCAGGCGACACACGGGUAGCAAAGAGCGUCUGAACUCAAUGAGAAGGAACAUCUGCGUGAAAGGAUCAACGGAGACUGAACUGAGAGCAAGAGCGAACUCGAACGAAGACAGACUGACCAUCGAAAUGGAGAAAUCCUCUAAACAUUGUCCUCGUCUGCAAGAGAUCACCGAAGGCAACAGGACGUCUCUGUCCGAUCCUAAUCUGUCUCCCAAUGAGUACUCUUCUCCGAAGUGUCGUCAAUUGGCUGUGCCAGUGUUGCCAAUCUCGCCGACGUCGGAUCUGUCGCCUGAAUCAGGGUUCUACGAGGGUGCCCAGUGGAACUCCAGCCCGGAGUACGUCAGACGGGAUCUCCGGCUUCCUCACGAGACCCCGAUCACCAGGAACAGGAGGAGCUACGAGAACGCGCAGCUGCAGGACGUGAACGAGGCGCUGUCCAGGCCGAGCAGCGACCACAGCUCGCUGGACAGCGAGGAAUCCACUAGGAAUCAUCCGCCGAGUGCUCCCCAGAAGUGCGGGGAGAAGAGCGUCGCUAAACAGCCGGUCUCGUACACGAGCGUGUGACGAACUGUUCGAGGACUUCCCUAGAAGAGAACGGUUCGCUGGUGAACGAUGCGAGAGUGCCUUUCUCCGAACGUGUCGGUUCCAAGUGCCAGUGCAAUCGUGUUGUACAUACAUACAGUCGGACUAGCGCUCACUUCCGAAACAAGGUAUCCGUAAUUGGUCGUUAGUUAACCCUCGGCUGCUCGCAUUAGAGCUGAUUAGGUAAUCGGGUAACGGUGGCGUGCUCCGAAACGAGCGCGGUCGACGCGCUGCGUUUCGCCGCGCUCUCCGGAGAUAUCGUUUUUAGGAUCGAAACAGAGGCUAUUCUCAAUAACUUUUAGUGAAUUAACGUUGAUGUCUGAAUCAGCCGAUCAAAUCUUUGCUCGAGGCUGAAGAAGGCUGAGUUAGAAACUUGGUUUUUUUUGCUUAGAUACGGACAUCGAUGAAUUUUUGAUAUUUCGGUAAAGAUAUUCUUCAAAAGGAACGAUUAGAGACGAGGAUAAGAUUACUUAACCUUCCCCAGGGUUCACGCAGAAAAGACUGAAAGCAGCCGAGGGUUGAACGGUCGCACGCACAAGCUAGCUGAAUGGUAUAUCUAGUUCUCGCGUGAUUUAAACCUUUGCAUUCGAAACUUUCCUCUACUAAACAGAUACAUAAUAAAAAUUAAUGAAUGAUAUUGUUUCAUUUCAAUGUUUCAUGUCCAGUUAGAUAUAUAAUAUAAUUCGUUAUAGAAUGUUUUUAAUAAUUUUGCUAUAUCAAACUGAACGGUGAAUCGCCCCUCGAGUGCAAAGGGUUAAGCCGCACAAAGUAGUUUCCUCGAGCCGCUUCGAGUUUCGUGUACGCGAAUUUUCUUAUUCCGCUAGAUCGUUUGAAAACCGCGGGUCGGUUCGCGCGAAGCUUCCACGCGUUAUUUAGGCGGCGGACACACGCUGUGCACGCGAUGAUCCUCUUUUGCCCCUUUAGCGGUUUAGAUUCCCGGAGGCUUCUUGGUUAGAAGUGUUCUCAGACGUAGCUUCCAGCGCGACAAGACGCUUUUCUUUCCGCCCCGCACAUCGUUAACCCUCCGUCGUUCUUCGAGAAACGAUUCGCGAGUAUUUUUCCGUGAAAAACCGAACGCGACGACUCGAAACCGUUGUCCGCCUAGUUUUAGCGACGAACAGCCGCGUAGAGGUGAAAAAAGUAUUUUAGCGACGCGUCGGGAAUGAAAACUAUAUUUUUUGUAAUUUAGAGCGCACAAUCGCCUAGGGAAUUGAGCUUGACACCGCGACCGAGGCCGCCGACGUGUCCUUUUCCGAUGCGACAAUCGGAAAGUACGUUCGCGCAAAAGGUUUCCAAAUAUUUGAGGAAGUCUGGAAGUUUCGAAGCACCUCGGUGGCCAAUCGUUUAGGACAAUGUUUCCCAGUCAAAGAAAAUACCGGUUUUCUAAACAUAUCAGAAUAAACACAUUGGAAUAGUCAUUUAACUCUUCAGGAUUACGGAAAUGUUUGGGAAACGCUAGUUUAAGACGCGCAUCGUCUCGUUUCUCUGUUCGCAGUCUCAUCGGAAAGGAACUUUGUCGUUCGAACGGAUCGCCGUCGCUCAUAUUUAUUGCUUCCAGAUGUAAUGUAAUCGAGUAGCUCGACGGGAACGAAAAGUCACUUCGAAUUCCCUUCUCUGCGAGCCGAUUCGAUCCGCAGCCGGAGCGUCAAGCACAAUCAGUCUGAGAUCGGUUUAGACGGAGCACGCUGAGAAACCUCGGUAAAAAAUGAACGAUGACUCUCCGCGUCAUUUCGGAGUCAUGGAUACCUGCCAUCGUGACUUCUAGCGUAAAUUGUGAAAAUGUUAUUUGUAAUAAAGACACUUCGAACUUAUUAAUCAUCAUCUGU